AUGGCCAGUCCUCCAGCAGUGGAAGAUCAAGCCCGUCUGCUUGAAGAUGCCUUGACGGUGGUAAGGCAGCAGACUCAUCUGAUGCGCAAAUGCUUGGAAACACCAGGGAAGCUUAUGGAUGCGUUGAAAUGCAGUUCUACCUUGGUAUCCGAGCUUCGAACAAGCAGUCUUGGACCGAAACAGUACUAUGAACUAUACAUGGCAGUCUUUGAUGCCCUGCGACACUUAUCAUCCUACCUCAAAGACUCACAUCCGGUCAACCACCUUGCCGAUCUAUACGAACUAGUCCAGUAUGCGGGAAACAUCAUACCUCGAUUAUAUCUCAUGAUUACGGUUGGGACGGUAUACAUGUCUAUUGAGGAUGCGCCGGUCAAAGAGAUCAUGAAGGAUAUGAUGGAGAUGAGCAGAGGCGUCCAGCAUCCCAUACGAGGCCUCUUCCUUCGAUACUACCUCUCCGGACAAGCUAGAGAGAAUCUGCCGAUGGGCAAUGGAGAUGGGCCUGAAGGGAAUCUGCAAGACUCGAUCAGCUUCACCCUUACCAAUUUUGUGGAAAUGAAUAAACUCUGGGUCCGGUUACAGCAUCAGGGCCAUUCGAGAGAAAGGGAGCUGCGAACACAGGAGCGCAAAGAGCUUCAACUACUCGUAGGAAACAACCUUGUCCGCUUGAGCCAACUUGUGGACCUGGAGACAUACAAAAAUGUCAUAUUGCAGCCAUUACUUGAGCAAGUUGUACAAUGUCGGGAUGUACUGGCUCAGGAAUAUCUCCUGGAAGUCAUCACGCAAGUUUUCCCGGACGAAUACCACCUCCAUACUCUGGACCAAUUCUUGGCAGCUGUUUCCCGCCUAAACCCACACGUCAAUGUCAAGGUGAUUGUUAUUGCGUUGAUGGAUAGACUAGCUUCUUACGCAGCUCGCGAGUCAGAAGCACAUCCUCAGGAAAAUCGUGAGAAGCUGGAACAGGAUGCUAUCACAAAGCUGUUGGAGAAAGUCAAAUUAAACCAAGAGAAGAAAUCCGAAGAGCCUGCGCCUGCAGAACCCAAUGGCGAUCACCCUGCUCCGGAAGUCAACGGAUCUGGGGAGGCAGCCGCACCACCCGAGCCUACGAAGGAAGAACCUAAAUCGGAAUCCGAACCUGUCAAUGGCAACGAUGAAGACAAGAAGAGCAGAGGUAUCCCAGAGAACAUCAAACUCUAUGAGAUCUUCUUCGAGCAAGUUAUGAACUUGGUCAAUGCGCAGCAUUUGCCGAUACAAGAUACCACGGCUCUGUUGGUAUCACUGGCGAAUUUGGCAUUGAACAUCUAUCCAGACCGCCUGGAUUAUGUUGAUCAAGUUCUCGAUUAUGCAAACCAGAAAGUCAAGCAGCACGCCAACAGCGCGGAUCUCCAUUCCCAAGAAUCGCAGACGAACCUUCUGAAUCUUCUCUUGGCGCCUAUGAAAUCAUACGUCUCACUCUUCACGGCUCUGGCACUUCCAACAUAUAUCCCAUUACUUCAUUCCCAGACGUAUCCUACGCGGAGGGCGGUGGCUGGCGAGAUUGCUCGUACUCUUCAGCGAAAUCAAACCAAGAUCACAACGCUAUCAGCGUUAGAAGGUGUCCUCGAAAUCUUGAAAGUCAUCAUCAAAGAGGGAACACAACAACCUGCUGGCUAUCCUGGCGUCCAACAACGAAAAGCUAUCGAGACUGAUGAGACGAUCGAAGAGCAGGGCUGGUUGGCCCGGAUAGUCCAUCUCAUCCACAGCGAUGACAACGACACGCAAUACAAAUUGCUGCAAAUGACGAGAAAAGCCUACGCAGAAGGCAAUGAGCGCGUCAAGUUCACCACCCCUGCGUUGAUCACCUCGGCCAUGAAACUGGCCAGAAAAUAUAAGGCGAGAGAGCACUACGAUGAUAAUUGGGAGUCGCAAUCUUCAGCUCUCUACAAGUUUAUGCAUUCAUCACUUUCAACACUCUACACUCGUGUACCAAGCUCCGCCGAACUCUGUCUACGUCUCUUUGUCGCCUGUGGUCAAAUAGCUGACCAGACUGGCGCUGAAGAAGUCAGUUAUGAGUUCUUUGCGCAAGCUUUUACCAUCUACGAAGAAGCAAUAAGUGAUUCGAGGGCUCAAUUCCAAGCUGUGUGCGUUAUUGCUGGAGCACUCCAUGAGACGAGAAAUUUCGGCAAGGAGAACUAUGAUACCUUGAUCACGAAAUGUGCUCUUCAUGGCAGCAAGCUCCUCAAGAAACCAGACCAAUGCCGUGCUGUCUAUCUGGCAAGUCAUCUAUGGUGGGCUGUGCCAAUUGCAGCAAAGGGUGAGAUGGAGGACGAGAAGAAUCUCUACCGUGAUGGAAAGAGGGUCCUUGAAUGUCUUCAGCGGGCUUUACGAGUUGCAGAUGCUUGCAUGGACACAGCCGUAUCAGUUGAGCUGUUUGUUGAGAUCCUAAACCGCUACGUCUACUACUUUGAUCAGCAAAAUGAGGCUGUCACUACCAAAUACUUGAACGGACUGAUCGAACUAAUCCAUUCAAACUUGCAAACCAACCAAGAAUCAGCCACCAUCGAUAUGCCCAGACGGCACUUCCAGCGAACGAUAGAGUAUAUUGCAUCUAGGGAGUAUGAAGGUGUUGUCACCUCAGCAGCGAAGUAA